AUGGCCGUCCUCGCCACGACGAAGCGCGGCGUCUUCGUCGUCUUCGAGGGCGUGGACCGCAGCGGCAAGUCGACGCAAUGUAAACUCCUCGUCGAGGGCCUGCGGGCCAAGGGCCGCAGCGCGGAGCUGCGGCGCUUCCCCGAGCGGUCGACGGGCAUCGGCCAGCUCAUCGACAAGUACCUGAAGCGCGAGCUCGAGCUCGACGACCGCGCCGUGCACCUCCUCUUCUCCGCGAACCGGUGGGACGAGGCCGCGAAGAUCGAGCGCGCGCUCGCGUCGGGCGUCGACGUCGUCUGCGACCGCUACGCCUUCUCCGGCGUCGCCUUCUCCGCGGCGAAGCCGAACAUCGACGACCUCGACUGGUGCAAGGCGCCCGACGCGGGCCUGCCGAAGCCGGACGUCGUCGUCUUCCUCGAGAUCCCCGCGGCCAAGGCCGAGGCGCGCGGCGGCUUCGGCGACGAGCGCUACGAGGAGAGCGCCAUGCAGAAGCGCGUCGCGCAGCACUUCGUCGACCUCCGCGGGCCGUCCUGGCGCGUCCUCGACGCCGCGCGCACCGUGGACGAGGUCCGCGCGGACGUCGAGGCCGUCGUCCUCGCCGCCGCGGCCGAGGCCGAAGACGCGCCCGUCGGCCGCCUCUGGGACUAA